AUAUAUAAGCUGGGCCUAGCUACGUGUGGAAAAUUAUCAGGGCGCAAUACAAAACGUAUUGUUCUUCCACAUAGGAAGGUUUUUUGUUUCGUUUUCUCAACAAGUAUUCGGUGCAUAUUGAAACAAAAAAGAAAAACGAAAAUGCCGAGAAUAUCUGAAGUAACCGUAUCCGUGGGAUUCCUCUUGCUUAUCAGCCUGAUAAGUGUCGACGGCCUUGUAAAAGGGGGGAACUACCAAAACUCGGUAUAUCAACGGAAUCUGGAUACCAAUUCCGCAACAGGCACAACGGCUUCGUUUCCAUUCCUGAUGCCCAAUGUUUCCCCGCAAACACUGGAUUUGUAUUUGUGCACACCAAUCAAAGUCGAUCCAACUACCACCUACUAUAUUGUUGGCUUCAAUCCCAAUGCCACCAUGAACACGGCUCAUCACAUGCUGCUUUACGGAUGCGGAGAGCCCGGAACCACGAAAACCACUUGGAAUUGUGGCGAGAUGAAUCGAGCUUCCAAAGAAGAGUCAGCCAGUCCCUGCGCACCCCAUGCACAUUCUCAGAUAAUAUACGCUUGGGCCAGAGACGCCCAGAGGCUGAAUUUGCCCGAGGGAGUGGGUUUCAAGGUGGGCAAGAACUCACCGACCAAGUACUUGGUGUUGCAGGUUCAUUAUGCCCACAUUGACAAAUUUAAAGAUGGUUCCACUGAUGACUCUGGCGUAUUCUUGGAUUAUACAGAAGAGCCACGUAAAAAGUUGGCAGGUACUCUAUUGCUGGGCACUGACGGAAUGAUUCCGGCCAUGAAAACGGAGCACCUGGAAACCGCUUGCGAAGUGAAUGAGCCAAAGGUCCUGCAUCCUUUUGCCUACCGGGUGCACACCCAUGGUCUGGGAAAGGUGGUCUCUGGAUACCGGGUCAGAACCAACAGUGAAGGUGAACAAGAGUGGCUGCAGCUGGGCAAGAGGGAUCCCCUAACGCCUCAGAUGUUCUACAACGUCACCAGCAGGGCGCCCAUUGUGGAAGGAGAUAAGAUUGCCGUGAGGUGUACUCUGGAGAGUACCCGUCACCGGAUAACCAAAAUUGGUCCCACGAAUGAAGACGAGAUGUGCAAUUUUUACCUCAUGUACUACGUGGAUAAUGGGGAAACCCUGGACAUGAAAUUCUGCUUUAGCCAGGGCGCUCCCUACUAUUACUGGUCCAAUCCCGACUCUGGCCUACACAAUAUCCCACAUAUCGAAGCGAGCACUUUGUAAUUUGUCGUCGGUUGACAGCUUUGGAAAGUGAAACGAAUGUAUACUACUUUAUUGUCUGGAUUAUUUUAUCGUGUAUAACAAUUAAUGAUGGUUUAGCAUCAUUCCGUAUCCUAUUCUGUUGGCCACCAAUGAUUUAUGCAAGAUAUUUGUGCGUGUAAAUAAACAUAUGUAGAUAAUUCGCGAGAUCCCAA